AUGAAACCCUCGGCGACUCUCGCUCUCGGGCUAUCAUGCCUCUGCAAGCAGGCCGUUGCAGGAGGCUCAGUCUUUGCACACUACAUGGUUGGCGGCAUAACCCAAGACCACGCCAACACAGACAUCCAAGAAGCCAUCGCCGCCGGCUUCGACGCCUUUGCGCUCAACCUGAUGAGCACCGAUGACUGGUCGACCAGCGCCGUCAGCGCGCUGUUCAGCGCCUCGGCCGGCACCGAUUUCAAGCUCUUCUUCAGCUUCGACAUGACCCAUUUCUCCGACCCGUCCGACUUUAUCCCCGUUCUGAAGGACUAUGUCGGAAACGACAACUACUAUACAUACAGUGGCAAGCCGUUUGUCAGUACCUUUGACGGUGGCACUAUGACAUUUGGAUCCUCCGAUCCGAACUCGGGCUGGACGAACUCGUUCAAGACGGUGCUUAGCGAUGCUGGCAUCGAUGUGUUUUUUGUUCCGGACUUUGACGACGCCAGCAACUAUCCCAACGACUUCUUCAGCACUUUUUCUGUAGUUGAUGGUGCGUUUUCGUGGGAGACUGCCUGGCCAACCGUGAACUCGGGCAAGGUUAAUGUCAGCGACUCGGUCGAUUCCACUCUUAUCGGGGACGCACACUCGUCGAGCAAAGUGUACAUGAUGCCCCUAUCGACCUUCCAAUUCAAACAUCUCGACUCCAGCCAAAACUGGUACCGGCGCGGCGAAUCUAACAUCGUCGACCGCAUGGCGCAAGUGCUCAGCCUGCAGCCGGACCUGGUCGAGGUGAUUACCUGGAACGACGGCGGCGAGGGCCAUUAUAUUGGUAACGUGUGGGAAGAAGCCAUCAGCAGCAGCACCAUUGGCAACUACACCAACGGGUUCAGCCAUGCGGGCUGGCAGACGCUGAUCCCACCGUUUGUGUCAGCGUACAAAUCCGGAGCCACGGAUUUGAGCCAGAUCAGUACCUCUGACGGAAAACCCGUGGGCGUGAUGUGGUAUCGCGAAUUGCUUAUCACGGCCUCGUGCUCUGGGGACAGUCUCGGACAGCCCGCUGGGAUGGACAGUGGGGAGGAUGCGAUUAGCUAUGCGGUUAUUCUGCCGAGUUCGGGGAGCUAUACUAUCAACGUGUACAGCAAUAACAACAAGAUUGGCUCGGCUUCCGGCACUGCUGGUCUCAAUGGGGGCACUGUUACGGGGCUGGUGGCUGGCAGCGCUGAUAGUCAGCGUGUCGAGGUUGUCGACGACUCGAAUGGCCAGUCGGUGGUGAUUUCGGCGACGGGCACAAAGGAUGUUUCGGGAGAAGCCUCGGGCCUUUGCAAUUUUAACUAUGUUGUGGUUGCCAUGUCUUGA